AUGUCACCUCUAACUGUGAUUUCUUCAACAUUGUUAGAAUCACAUGUUUGUGUCGAUUAUUUCACUAAUUGGUUUUAUUUACUUGAUGGACGUUUCGAUCAACUUCGUACAUUUCCUGUUGACUUUAUUACAAAUAAAGUGGAAGAGAAAACAGGUAUGGAUAUAAAUAGAGAUGGUCGUGUUGGAGGAGGAGGUGUUACUGGACAAAUAGAAAAGGCUACUCAUAUGGAUCUAAAUCGUAAUGGAGUUAUUGGAGGACAAAAAACUUCAGGAAGUGGAGGUCUUAUGGGUAAAGUUGAAAAAAUAACACAUAUGGAUUUAAAUCGAGAUGGACGAAUCGGUGGUGGAGCUGCUCAUCAAAAACAUUAA